UACGGACUCCUUUAGCCGCCGCCUCUGUCUCGACCCGCCCCGCGACGCACGCAAUACCGGCUCAAGUCUUCUCCUUCGAAGUGCCCUUACGGGGAGCGAGAUGUUGCGGCGGAACACGAGGCUGAGGAGAGAAUAUCUCUACCGCAAGAGCUUGGAGGGGAAGGAACGCGAGUACUACGAGAAGAAGCGGAAGAUCCGAGAAGCCCUCGAAGAGGGGAAGCCCAUCCCGACCGAGCUGAGGAACGAGGAGGCCGCUCUCCGCCAAGAGAUCGACCUCGAAGAUGAAUACACCGCUGUACCAAGAACGCACAUCGACGAUGAGUACGCCACAGCAUCAGAAAAGGAUCCAAGGAUUUUGUUGACAACAUCUCGUAAUCCAAGCCAACCUCUUACUCAGUUUGUCAAAGAACUCAAAAUUGUCUUUCCCAACUCGACAAGAAUGAAUCGUGGUGGUCAGGUGAUCUCGGAAAUUAUUGAAUCUUGUCGUGCACACGAAUUCACGGAUGUUGUUUUGGUGCAUGAACAUCGGGGUCAACCAGAUGGUUUGAUUGUUUGCCAUUUGCCAUUUGGUCCUACUGCAUACUUUGGCUUGCUCAAUGUGGUGACGAGGCAUGAUAUUAAAGAUAAAAAGGCAGUGGGAACAAUGUCUGAGGCUUAUCCGCACCUAAUUCUUGACAAUUUUA